GGUGGUUGUGGAACGUUCCAAAUAAGUUCCGGUGUGUCCCCGAUUUCCACAGCCAGGAGCACGGUGAGGAUGUCAAAUUCCAAGGUGUCUGGCGGCUUCCUCGGCUGGACGAGACCCGUGCCACCCGAGCAGUGGGACGCCCAGAGCCCCGUCCUGCUGCAGGCAGCGCAGGCCUACCGGGAGGUCGAGCAGGUCAUCAACUACACCUUCCGCGACAAGGGCUUCCUAGUGCAGGCGUUCACGCACUUCUCGUACCCUCCGAGUAGCCGCGUGGUACCGGGCUACAUGCGGCCCAUGGACUUUCUGGGCGACGCGAUGAUCAAGAGCCUCCUGACGACGCAGCUGUACGGCUCCCUGCACCCGCUCGGCCCACGCACGCUGACGCAGGCGCGCGCGCACCUCGAGUGUAACCGCCUGUUCGGGUUCGUCGUGGUCCGACACGGCUGGCAGCGGCUCUUCCGCGUCGGCUCAGCGGUGCUCAGCGAGGCCAUCGUCGAGUACGUCAAGGACAUCGGCGACGGGGAGUACCCAGCCGAGAACGGGGCAAGCCCUCCGAAGGCGCUGGCCGACCUGUUCGAGUCUCUGGCGUGCGCCGUCUAUCUGGACUCGAACCAAGACUUGGCCGCCAUGUGGCGCGCCAUGUACCCGCUGUUGAGGCCUUACGUCGAGUCCGAGGUGUCUCGAACAGCCGCCAACAGCGCGCUCACUCUGUUCUGA